ACUAACAGAUGUCGAGCACAUCGAUAAGUUCUCAGCGUGUUGUUGCAGCGUCAUUCUGUUUGAAUGAAGUUCAGAUUGAGAACUAGCCAACUCUUGAUUCGCGCCCCAGUGGACUGAAACAGGAAAACAACGGCUGAGGAAGUCAAAAACUGCAAACCAUGCCUGUGUUUACAGUAAACGUGAAAUGGGGCAAAGAGAAGUUUGAUGCAGUAGAGCUCAACACUGAGGAACCACCCAUGGUGUUCAAGGCUCAGCUUUUUGCCCUAACUGGAGUUCAACCAGACAGACAAAAGGUCAUGGUGAAAGGAGGCACUCUAAAGGAUGAUGAGUGGGGAAAUAUUAAACUGAAAAAUGGAAUGACUCUGCUGAUGAUGGGUUCGGCAGAAGCCCUGCCUGAGGAACCCGCUGUCCGGGCCCAUGUUUGUAGAGACCAUGACUGAGGAGCAGCUGCCUCAGCGAUGGAGCUGCCUUGUGGGCUUACAAACCUGGGCAACACCUGCUACAUGAAUCCACAGUGCAGCUGUCUUCGCUCUGUGCCAGAGCUUAAAACUGCACUCAGGAGGUAUUCCGGUGCUCUUCGAUCUCUCCUAGGGCAAAAUGCACCAUCACAGUACAUCACAGCAGCCCUUCGUGAUUUAUAUGAGACUAUGGACAAGACCUCGUCCAGCCUCCCACCCAUUAUUUUGCUGCAGUUCCUUCACAUGGCCUUUCCACAGUUUGCUGAGAAAGGGGACCAGGGACAGUACCUCCAGCAGGCUGCCUAAUGAGGUUGGCUGCAGAUGAUGAGGGCUGUUCUGUUGAAGUUUGAUUGUGCUUCUGUCAAUCUUUAGACUGAGUCUGAGAGUGAAGCUGCCUCUGCCUCUUCAAAGAAGAACUUCAUCGACCAGUAUUUUGGUGUAGAAUUUGAAACUACCAUGAAAUGCACAGAGUCUGAGGAGGAAGAGCCAAUCAAGGGCAAGGAAAGCCAACUCCAGCUCAGCUGCUUCAUCAAUCAAGAAGUCAAAUAUCUUGCAACGGGACUAAGGCUGAGACUGCAAGAAGAGAUCACGAAAAUGUCUCCAUCCCUGGACAGAAAUGCCCUGUAUGUAAAAUCUUCAAAACUUAGCCGCCUCCCUGCCUACUUGACUGUUCAGAUGGUCAGAUUUUUCUACAAAGAGAAGGAGUCUGUUAAUGCAAAAGUUCUUAAGGAUGUCAAGUUCCCUCUCAUGCUGGAUGUCUAUGAGCUGUGCACUGCGGAGCUUCAGGAUAAAAUGUUGCCAAUCAGGUCAAAAUUUAAGGAGGUUGAGGACAAGAAGCUAGAGAAACAGCAGCAGAAGUUGAUAAAGAAGUCAGAUGCUACAAAAGAAGUGAAAAAUGAGCCUUUCUCAUUCCCAGAAGAUCUUGGUUCCAACAACAGCGGCUACUACGACCUGCAGGCUGUGCUGACACACCAAGGCCGCUCCAGCUCAUCAGGCCAUUAUGUUGGAUGGGUCAAGAGGAAAGAAGAUGAGUGGGUCAAGUUUGAUGAUGACAAGGUGAGUGUGGUGUCUCCGGAGGACAUCCUGCGGCUGUCGGGCGGUGGAGACUGGCAUAUAGCGUAUGUUCUACUGUACGGGCCCCGCCGGCUGGAAAUACUUGAAGAGGAACAAUAGCUAGGGAAGAUUUCUUUAAACAUCCACACAUACAGAUUGCCAUUUCCAAGCACUGUCUGCAUAGAUGUGCAAUAAAACUGGUGUCUUUAAAUAUUUGAUGACCUUAAUUUUUUUUUUUUUUGUAACCAACACAGAUGCUUGUAAAACAAAUUGUGUUAAAUAUUCAAAUAUAGUGAGCUUUGAAAAUGGAGAUAUGUUAAGAGGCAAUCUCUGGACUGGAUCCUUAAGAUUUCUGAGUCUAGCUCUGCAGUUUCAUUAAAUGUUUUAUACACAUUGUAUAUUUUUUAAAGCCUUUGAUAAGGUGAUCAUAUCAUAAGAUCAAAAUGUUUCUCUUUAGUAGUUUAAUUGUACAAAAAUGCCUAGCCAAGCUGUUGUCCUUGACAUUCUGGCUUGUGUUGUCGCAGAUGUAUUAUGGAACACUUGCUUACCUUUUGGCCCUUUGGGUUCAAUCUCAGGUCUUUUAGGUGCUUGGCUCACAUCAUUUCCUGCGAUUGUUCUCAAAGUAUUCACAAAUGAGGUUCUGUCUGCCAAAUCUUCAUUGAAGUUCUUUUCAGGGAAGUGUGUGGCGAAAUGAUUUAGAAAGGGUUACCUUUGUUGUGAAUCGUUCGUGGUUGAAUAAAGGCUUGAGAUUCAACCACAACGGUUUACUCAUUAGGCCUUUAAAAUUUGUUUUGGUGACACUGAUUUCUGACUUGGCUUCACUUGUUUCUCUGUGCAGGUUUUCUCAUUACCCUGCCCCCAAUGUAUUAAACCUAAAACUUCAACACUGUAAUAAGUUAUUGACUGAUCGCUUUUCAUAGGUGGUGAAAUAAACUGCUACACCAAAA